GGCAUACUAGCAUCAAGCAGAGCGCGCGCUUUAGAGACCGAUUACUCCUCGUAUACCGCAAGCAGGCGUGCCACAAGCCACCAAACAACUCCACUCUGUACCGCAGACGCGCUCAGCGCUGCGAAACGGGAGCCACGCGACCGCUAAGCCAUUCCCACCUGGUGGUCGUGCCAGCCACUGUUAAGCGGACAAACAAAUGCCGCCGCGAGGAGAAUCGCUACCGUUGUACGGCGCCGCCGCCGAGGACCUAGCAGCCGAGGACGACGACCGGAGCCCAUUCCGGGAAGACGACGACGUCGAGGCGAGCGACGCGUGCCUGUGGACGCUGCGGGGUUUCUCGACGGUGACCGCAUUUGCGGGGUUGCUCGUCGUGGUCGUCAACGCCAUCGAGAUCUACGAGUUCCAGGAGACGCCGCAGAUCUACGCGAUCCGCGCGUACGCGAUUGUAUUUGGAUGUAUGAUCUUGAUGGCCGAGGUGAACUGGCCGCGUUUGUUUCUGGAGUACUUUCGCUUCCUGGACGUGUGGGCGAUCAAAGGGCUGUUUAUUCUGUUCGUGGCCGUGCUAACGAUCGACACGAAGGUGUCCAAUGAUUACGGCACGUUGCAGCUGGCCACAGCGCUCGCCGUCGGUUUAUUGGGCUUCAUCUACCUGUGCCUCGGCCUGAUGUGCGUCAAGUCCUGUCGCGACAUGCGCAAGGCGACGCUCUCGAAAGAAAGAGAAAGACGGGCGGCGGAGGCGGCCAAAGCUCGAGCUAGGUCGGACGCGGCCUUCGCGACGGAGUCCGACGACCCGCGGCGGGCCUCGUCCUCGGUUCAAUCGGAAGACUCCUCGCGGAGCCCCGCGCGGCCGACGUGGCUCGACGAGGAGAACGACGUGCUGGGCGUAAAAUAGUAGUGCUG